AUGCUUGAAAAACUUCCUACCGAGCUCUUAGAUCACAUCUUUGUCUUCGUGCAUCCCAAGCAGCUUCUCACUCUGCGGCUCUGUAACCAGUGGGCCAAUGGACUGGUACAAUUCUCAUCGUGUGCUCAAUAUCGCAUCGAGUGCUGGGCAGCGGGCGUGACUGACGAUCGCAUCCAUCAACUCUCUUAUUCCGAGAGCCUCUCACUGCUCCGUCAGCGAGAGGCCAGAUGGCAGAGUGGCCGACCGCUCAAGAAAGUGAAGAUCGGCGUACAGUCAGCGGAUGCGGAUGGCGGGGUUGGGCUCUAUGACCUGAAUGGCGGCAUGCUCGCACUCGGCAGAGGACGGACGGGUUUCUCCAUCUUGAAGCUCCCUUCGCUGUAUGACUCUCCAAACUCCGAUUCGCGAGAGUGGCGACACCAUGAUCUCGGCGCGGAUAUAAUUGAUUUUGCGCUUGCCGAGGAAGACGAUGACCUGAUAGCGGUCGUGACGAGUAAGCGCCUAGAAGAUAUUCCUUUGGGAACGGACUUUCUCGGCAUGGAAACGACCACCUGCUGCUUUGACCUUCAUAUAUACUCCGCAUCAUCAGGAGAUCCCCACCCUCGCUCCUUGAAUCCUAUCGUUCAACUCAAUCAUAAACGCGAUGUCGUCCACGCCCCAAGUGCGGCAAUUCAAGUCCUUGGAGAUUAUAUUGUUGUCCUACUUUUCAACACCGAGGUUUACGGCGACGAGUACACCGACGAGUUGUAUUGCGUCAACUGGAAGACGGGCACGAACACACUUCUCUCAACAUACCAAGCCCGCACAUAUCAAUGUCCAGUCGUUCUCUCCGCCAGUCUCAUCCUCCUCCCCAAUAUGCGCUCCAACACGCUCGAUCUAUACACCUUUCACGGCCUCAACGCCUCUAAACGGUCUACCCCUCGACUAACUCCACGUGGUUCGCUAGACCUACCGCCCAUAAGUUCUGCAUUCACGAUGGUCGGUUACCAAUGCAUCUCCAGGCCCGGCCUGGGUCUGAACGCCGAGAAUCACCCUAUCCGCGUUCGCUCGUCCCCCGAAGAUGCCCUUGUAGUCUUCGCACCCUUAUAUCGGCCUCAGGGCCUCAGAAGGGCGACGCUAAUCGUGCAUCGCAGAAUCCUACUCUCAGCGGCUGCUCUUCUUAUUUCUGCUCACGGCAACGGUGGUCCAUCCAUCCCAUACGCGCGCUGGGGCGCGGGACGAUGUUCGUGGGGAAGCGGCAGUGUGCAAUGGAUAACGAUGUUGGCGGGACAACGCCUUUGUGCCAGAUCUGCCUGGAUACCGAGCGUGCGCGGCGAAAUUCCUCUGAGCGUGCGCGACUACAAUCCUCACAACGUACGACGAGCCUUGAGCUCGCUGAACAAACGUGAUGGCGACUCCGGCAUCGGUGACGGGGUUAUUGACCCUGCUGUCACAAGAGUGGUCGUGCCCGGCCCGGGGGAGAAGGUCACGUUUGGGGGUCUCUUUGUAGAGGGUGUUGAGUCGAGGCUGCCGUACGUUGAGACGAAGAUCGAGGUUGAGGACGACGUGCGCACUAUGACUUAUAUGCUCGAUGACGAGCGAUUGAUCGGGAUCGAGCAAAGCCCUGCUUCACUCAACGUUCACAAUCUCCACAUUCAAGUCUUCGGUUGA